AUGUCGAGUGACAAUAAAAAUAAACCUAGUGAGCCCAAGAAUGAGCCCAAGAACUGCGAUCCCAGGUGUGAACACAAGUGUGAGGCCAAAUGCCAGCCCAGCUGUUUAAAGAAGCUCCUGCAACGCUGCUCUGAGAAGUGCCCACGGGAAAAGUGUCCAGCACCACCAAAGUGCCCCUCACCGUGCCCCCCACCGUGCCCUGUGCUGAGCCCCCAACCAUGCCCACCACCCUGCCCUCCCAAGCCCUGCGCCAAGCCUUGUCCUUCUAAGUGCUCACCCCCCUGUCCACCUCCCUGUCCACCUGCCUGCCCACCUCCAGAGUGA